CGGGUAUACCAGGACGGAAACAUAAAUAAAGGCUAAAUGAAAAACUCCCAACUGUAUCAUGUUCAUUGAUACUAUACUAUGUAAAUUAGCUAUGAAGAAAAAAGCACGUUGAACGCGUAUUGUAAAGAGAGGUGCCCUGGUUCAGUCCGGCUACCACCAGGGAGAGGAACUAAGUGAAGCAGCAUGUCUAGUGAGAAUGAGUCUUGCUGGUCUGGGAAUGGAUCUGUUGGCACACUCACGUGUCUCCUCCUGGCAUGGGAGGACUGGGUGGGCCUGAGUAACCUGGAGGACUACCUCAGCUUCCUGGAUUACCUGCUCUGGGUGUUUACCCCACUGGUCAUCGUCUUCAUCCUGCCCUUCCUCAUCGUCAUCCUCCUCUAUCUAUCCAUCCUCUUCCUCCACGUGUACAAGCGCAAGAACCAGCUGCGGGAGGCCUACUCCAACAACCUCUGGGACGGAGCGAGGAAAACGCUGGCGACCCUGUGGGACGGACAUGGCGCUAUAUGGCAUGGUUAUGAAGUACAUGGUUUAGAAAAGAUCCCAGACAAAGGUCCCGCCCUCAUCGUCUACUAUCAUGGAGCUAUUCCUAUUGACUACUACUACUUCCUUGCCAGAGUCAUCAUUCAGAAGGGCCGCACGUGUCACUCGGUCGCUGAUCACUUCCUGUUCAAGGUCCCAGGCUUUAAGCUGCUGCUGGAAGUGUUCAGUGUGAUCCAUGGGCCGCAGGAGGAGUGCGUGAAGGCACUGCUCAGCGGCCACUUGCUGGGCAUCUCGCCCGGAGGGGUGCGGGAGGCCCUCUUCAGCGACGAGACCUACCCCCUGCUCUGGGGCAAACGCAAGGGCUUCGCGCAGGUGGCCAUCGAUUCCAAAGUGCCAAUUAUUCCCAUGUUUACUCAGAAUGUUCGGGAGGGAUUCCGCUCUCUGGGAACAUUAAAAUUUUUCAGAUGGUUGUACGAGCGGUUUCGUCUGCCAAUCGCGCCUGUGUACGGAGGAUUCCCGGUCAAAUUCCGCACUUACUUAGGCGAUCCCGUUCCGUACGAUCCCAAACUCACCGCGGCCGAAUUAGCAGAAAAGGUACAGGCGGCGGUUCAAGGACUUAUCGACAGACACCAAAAGGUUCCAGGGAGCAUCCUUUGGGCUCUGCUAGAGCGAUUCCACACAAGGCCCAAAGGGGAAUAGCACCUGGACAUUUUGGGCUUCUUCUGGAGUGAUUUCACGGCAGGCUCAAAGUGGAACAGCAUGUUGACUUUCUCUCAGGCCUCUAAACAAAACACUAUUUACAACUCUUAUUCCCAGCAUCAUUUAACAGGAGACAGUGUUAUCAAAUUAAUAUAUUGCUGUAUUAUAUUUUGAUGUCACUGAUAUUGAAACCUGGUGCAUAAUUAUUGGAAAAAAUGUCACCAGACAGGCAUAUUUUGUAGUGGUGUGUGUUUGUAUUGUUGUUCCUUGUCUUGUGCGUGUGCGCGUGUGUGUGCGCGUGUGUGUGCGCGUGCGUGUGUGCGUGCGUGUGUGUGUGUGGCUUUUAAUCUGUGAAUCACUUGCACUCUUGGAUCUGUCUGAAGGACCACUGCCAAAACAACUUGGUCCCAAGGGGCCUUUUGAUUAACUUUAUAUCUGUGAGAAAACUGUUUUUGUUACAUGGUAGCAUGAGUACUUUCUUCCAUAAAAUGAAUAUGUAAUAAUUCAAGAUCAAAGUGGAUUAGUUAGUACUUUUAAAUACUUUUCCCCCUAAUUAUGCAUACUGUGAUUUUCUUGAGAGCCAGUAAGAACAUUUAAGUAAACAGAGAGAAAGAAAGCGUAUCUUUCAUUGAGAGGUUGCUUGUUGGAGCUUCAUACAUCAGGAUCAUAGUUUGGUUUUGGUGAUUGUCUUCGUAUUCAUGCAGUUGAUUUGCCCGUGGCCCCUGACAGGUUCGGAAGGUACUGGGUACUUGCUAAGCUCUCGAAGCCUCUGUAAUACUGCAGUAAGUUAAAUGUUACAUGAAUUGUCUAAAUAUAUGCAUACUAAUCACAUAAGCCUAAACAUUACUGGAAUCAGUUCUUUGGGCUUAUGACAGAAAACGGAUGAGUAGUUGAGCUUUAAAGGUCACUGGUUGUGAAAAUCCAUCCACAUGUACCUGUUUCUUGUUGAAGCACUUUGACUGGAAUAGCUAUUUGGAUUUAUCUCUGAGUUGCUGUCCCUGAACCAUCUGUCCAUCUGUUGAAAGAACACAUUGUCUAGAGAUGCGUUUUAACGGCAGCUAACGGGCGUGUUCCGCACGACUGUGUUGCCGUUGAUGGAUUGGUCUGAUGUUGAAGAGCAAACUCUGUGCAUUAAUUGUAAAUGAAACAUGCAAAGACGUUGUAAAUAAUAAUUAAAAAAAGUUUUUAAUAUAAUAUUUUGGUCAAUUUUUGCUCAUUUCGUAUGCAUAUUUUAAGCACUAACACCAUUAACUAAUUAGAGCAUAAAAUCCUUUAAAGGUGUUAAAUAUUGAAAGCCUCCAGGCAUAUUAUAAUGUUUUCUGAGACCUAAUUUUAAGUAUCUGGCAUAAACGUUUUAACACAUUAAAAACUUUUUAACACACUAAUGCGAGCUUUCUGGAAAGUAGCCUAUUAAUAAACGUUCAGUCAGAGUUCAAUCAGUUCUUGGGCUGCCAUAGACCUGAACGCCAGCUCACAUGGACAGACUGGUAAAAGUGGGGAAAGAAUGCCAUGGAUUUGUUCAUUCUGAACAUCAUGGUCAUUAUUUAUCCAGAAAUUGGUUUUGAGAUCUAGCUUUUCUUUCUUUCAUGUUUCAUUGAUUUAUAUACACAGACAAAGUUGACCUGAAUUUGAUUAUAAUUCGGAUGCAAGAAACACUUGGACUGGUGCCAAAUUUGAAUACAACAAAGGAUACUGAUAAAAUGACCACAGUGUACUUUAUUAAAUGAAUUUGGUACUUUGUGUUGCAUUAGAAUCAAAUAAAAAUUUACAAAAAUCCAAUAUAUACAAAAAUGUAAUGUUCUUUUUUACUCCUCAAUUUACAAUAAAAUCAGAUAACAGAUUCAAUGCAUUUUGAGCACUUAAGACUUUCAUCACACAAUGCAACUUACUCAAUAGACCAAUAAUGAACAGUUUUUUUAAUCAUUUUGCUUUUUUUCAUUUAAUACAUCACAUACACCACACUAGUUUUAUCUGAAUUACGCCAAAUGUAACAUCCAUUCCUAUGGCGUUGUCCACUACUCGACGGACACCCUUUAUAGUCAGGACUUGAAAAGGAAUGUUCUUUUAAACAUGUACAUUUACAUACAUUUAUUUACAGUUAAACAGCCAUUUGUAGUUGCUAGUGGUGAGGUUCCAUUGCAACUAAAAUACCGAAAACACCUGUACAUCAUUUUAGGUCAAACCUAACUCAAUGCAUCUAUCCAAAAUUCAUCAGUCUACUGUGCUUGUACUAAUUCCGUGCUCUGGUGUUAAAUACAAUCAGCCCUAGACCUGUAUAUGUAUUUUCCCCCAUGACACUAUCAUAUCUAAUUAUCUAGCUCUAAUCGUGAGGGACAAUCAUGUAAUCGUUAUUCAAUAAAACAACUCCAGCCUUCGACUCAUGCCGGCGCAUAUGCGUGAAAAUAAAAAAAAAAGAAAUACCAUCACACUUUCUUCAUGCUUUCCCAGUUGAUUACAUCAGUAGUUUAAUAACUUCACAACUUGUAAAACCGCUGUUCAUAACCAGAGAAACAUCCAUGCUGUCGUCACUUCUUCCAUUCAUGAGACUGCGAUUACAGACGUGCUAAUCAGCUUCCUUUCCCAAUUUGAAAUCUGCCUGUGGCAGUAAGCACAGUAACUGGAAUCAAAGCAUAACCACCAUUCCGCUGUUGGCCCCGCUGACAGCAAGCACACCAUCGGUGGCAUGGGAUAGCAAAGAAGGAAAGAAACCUCCAGUGAAGACAAACGACAAAAGAACCUAAGUUUCUUUAAGGCAGUCUAACCCUACAGAAGCAGCGUGCGUGGUCGCGGUGUGUAUUACUGGUCUCCCUGACUGUUGUGGGUUGCAUCUGAAAGUAUCUGAAGUCCUGGUUUUGAACUCUGCUUUUUUUGGAUGGGCUGGGGGUAAACAGGACAACCUCUGCCUCUUAUGCCUUCCGGGCAUGCUGGGCCUUAAUAGAGGGGAGCUCUCUGUUAACUACCAGACAGCAGUCACAUCUACCCAACCCUCAGGCAGAGCAUGUCCUGUUUACUAUCCCAUAUUGAGGUAGGUUAUCUGUAUACUUUUAUUCAUAGAGCAAAUGUGGUAGUUCGUGGUAUCAUAUAUUUAGGGUAAACCCAAGUACACAGUUCAAACUGGAAGUGCAAAGAAAUCAGAUCACAAUUUUUUAUAAUCAACU